AUGACUCACCACGCUCGCGAUAUCACUAAAGAUGCUGCCCUCGAGGGCAUGCACGAGCAACCCGAAGAAAUUAGUAACAAGGCGCGGGGCCAUAAAGCGAAUUUGUCCAAUCCCAAUACCAGUGAUGAGUCCAAGAAGCAAUCUAAGCAGGAAUUGAAGGUACUUGGCGAUGAGAAAGCGUUCUAUGGCAAGCAGGGAAAGGGUGAGGGCUCCAAAGAGUAA